AUGGUUAGAAAGAAAGUGAAGUUGGCUUUCAUGGAAAAUAACACUGAGAGGAGAGUCUCAUAUAGAAAACGACAAAAGGGAUUCUUAACCAAGGCUCGUGAACUCAACACCCUUUGCGAUGUUGAAUUGACUACCAUAGUCAAUAGCCCUUACCACAAUGAACCUAAGGUGUUUCCAAAUCAUGAAGCUGCUACCGACAUCUUUACAAAGUUUAUCGAUCUUCCAGAGGAGAAGAAAUCAAAAAACCUAAAAACACAAGAAAAGAUAACCAUGAAAAGGAUCGGGAAAAUUGAGAAUGAACUUGAGAAGGUAAGGAAGGAAAACAAGAAAAUGGAGUAUACAAACCAGAUGUAUGGAUUGUUGAAUGGUGAAGAGAUGCCCAAUAGUAAGCACGCAGAAGAUCUCAACGAUCUCUGUUAUGUGAUCAAUAAAAACGUCAAAUUGAUAAAUGAUGGGAUCAAAGCAAAGACUCACGAAGAAGGUUCUACAUCAAAUGCUCCUCAACCUACUACUGGACCGAUGGAUUCUAGUGGAACCAGCUUCGACAUGUCAUGGGCUCCUAUUUUGGCCCCAGUUGAUGCUCCAGUACUAUCUGAGAUUCCUCUUUUGGCUCCAUCUACUGUACCUAAUGGGACCAACUUCAAAAGGCCAACAACUCCUCUUAAUUUGGUUCCUGUUGUAACUCCAACAUCGAUGGUUCCUCUGAUGGCUCUUUCAAGCGAUCAUGCUCAAGUGCCUCAAUUAAUGUUCCCUUUGAGGACUCCUCCUCAAAUGGUUCCACUUGUGGAUCUGUUAAAGUGUGGAAUGUGUUUGAAAAGUGCAGAUUGGCAGCAAAAUGUCCAGUCGGUGACUCGCCAAAGAGAGAUGGCUAGACCAAAGUGGCUGGGAAAGGCACCUGCACCUGCGUCACCGAAAACCAGCUCCGACAAUGACGAUAUCUAUGCCACUCACCUUACCACUUCUGAGAGUGAGGGUGAGCAACAAGAGCAUCAGGCUGUGACUUUUGAGCCUGAAGAUGAGCUACUAGCAGGCCAGAGAGCAGAGCUACGAUCUAAGAGGAUGAAUGAUCUGUCUAGGAUCAGGACUCCUCAGGCCACCACUAUUCCUCCUGCUCCCCUAUUCACUAAGCCCCGUGGCCCGUACAUUCCAUAUUGGGUCAGAGAAUUCUACAGUGCCUACAGUGCCCUGUUGCCUAAAGGGAAGAAGCUGGCUGCCAAAUUCAAGCCGGUAGACUAUGAGGUUGUCAGUGCCAGAAAAGUGAAGUGUGAUAGUGAUGCUAUCAAUGCAGUCCUGGAGUGCUUAAAUGAUAUUGACGAUGACUGUCAGCACAUGAUCAGGACAAAAUGCUGGAAAACAUGA